AUGCCGAAUAGCUGGGCUACCAUGGACCGCUCAUUCCUGCAAGCCGACAUAACAAGUCUCGUCGAAAAGUCCCUGACAAUAAACGAGAAGAUUUCUCUCUUAGGAGCUCCAAAUUGGUGGAACACAACCGCGAUACCUCGUCUCAACAUACCUUCUGUUCGUAUGAGUGAUGGGCCAAAUGGCGUUCGCGGCUCUUCGCAAUUCAUUGCUGUUCCGGCGCAAUGUCUUCCUUGUGGUACCGCAAUGGGAGCGACAUUCAAUCCUGAUCUUAUUCGCAAGGUCGGCAGUUUGCUUGGUGAAGAAGCAAAAGCCAAAUCAAGCGUCAUUUUGCUUGCGCCGACCUGCAAUAUCCAGCGAUCUCCUUUGGGUGGCAGGGCAUUCGAGUCUUUCUCAGAAGACCCAUUCCUUUCUGGCACUAUGGCAGCGGCCUAUGUUUCAGGACUGCAAUCCCAAGGGGUCUCAGCUACGAUCAAGCAUUUCGUUGGUAAUGAUCAGGAACAUGAGCGCACCGCGGCAGACUCGGUAGUCUCUGAUCGUGCGCUGCGGGAACUCUACCUCUAUCCGUUCAUGCUUACCCAGAAGUAUGCCAGUCCCGGGGCUUACAUGACAUCAUACGGUCGUAUUCAUGGAACCCACUGCUCUGAGAAUUCCUGGUUGUUGCAAAACAUCUUGCGUAACGAGUGGAAAUUUUCUGGUUUAAUUAUCAGUGAUUGGUAUGGAACCUAUUCCAUCGAUGGUGCGAUCAACGCAGGGUUGGAUCUCGAAAUGCCUGGUCCCCCUCGUUUCCGCGAUUCGCUUCUCGUCAACCAUUGUCUGACGGCACAGAAAAUCCAACUGGAGACGCUCAACAAACGCGUCACCAACCUUCUUCAAUUUGUUCAGCAACAGGCACGACGCAAUCCCGAAGUGGUUUAUGGCGACGGCAUCGAACGAACGCGAGACUCGCCCGAGAUGCGUGCAUUUGGGAGAAGUGUCGCUUCAGAAUCGAUCGUACUCCUCAAAAAUCAAGACAAGCUGCUACCAUUGACCUUAGACAAAGUCAAAACGAUCCUUGUCGUUGGCCCCAAUGCUAAGCAAACCAUCAUAUCUGGAGGUGGCUCGGCAGCACUCAAGCCAAGUUACUCAAUUUCGCCGUACGAUGGCUUGGUCAACAGCUCGCCAGUCGGCAUAGAAAUUGCGUACACAGUUGGAUGCUAUGCCCAUAAAUAUCUACCCACAUUGGAGAACAACCUUCAAACUCAUAAGGGAGAGCCUGGUUGGCUGUGCUCAUUUUAUAACCACGACAAGGACGAUCAACCUCUGCCCGAACCGCUUUCAUCUGUUAUCGUAAAUGACACGAGGAUCAAAUUAGUCGAUUUUCUACCACCUGGAUUGGCACCGCUCUGGUCAGUCAAGCUUACAGGUCGUCUGACAGUGGACAAGACGGCGCCAUUCGAAUUAGGCCUGACUGUGGCAGGUCGCGCUAGACUCUGGGUCAACGGGGAAAUGACAAUCGACAACUGGGACCAUCAAACACCAGGAGACUUUUUCUACGGGCAGGGCACCAUCGAAGAAAAGGCAGUGAUCGAUCUUACCGCCCACAAGCCAGUCGACAUACUCGUCGAAUUCAACAACAGACCUCCUCCGAGAGAUGGUGAAACAAAUGUCAGCUCUCAGCCCGCGCUGAUGCGUGGAGUUCGUCUUGGCGGAUGUGAGAAAAUCGACGAGGAGGGGGAGAUAGAAAAGGCAGUGUCAUUGGCGAAAGACUGUGAUGUUGUUGUGUUCGUUGCCGGAUUGACUCCGGAAUGGGAGAGUGAAGGUUUUGACCGCCCAACACUUGAUCUUCCUGGCCGGCAACAUGAGGUCAUAUCCCGACUCGCCGCCGCAAAUCCCAAGACUUGUGUUGUCAUCCAAGCAGGCUCGGCGACGAGCAUGCCGUGGGUCGAUAGUGUCGCGGCCAUCCUCCAAACUUGGUAUCUUGGGAAUGAAGUUGGCAAUGCAAUUGCGGAUAUAGUCUGGGGGAAUGUCAAUCCAAGUGGUCGUCUUCCACUCUCGUUCCCUGUCAAAAUCGAGGACACACCGGCCUAUUUGAACGACAAGUGCGAGAAUGGCAAAAUACAUUACCGCGAAGACUUGUUCGUCGGGUAUAAGCAUUACCAUACGCGGAAAAUCCAGCCACUCUUUGCAUUUGGAUUUGGACUCUCGUACACAACCUUCUCCUUCGGCAAUCUUUCGAUUUCAGAGGCAAAUAUUGAUCAUGCCAAUCUCCGUGUCCAUAUCUCGCAUACUCUGCGAAACGAAGGAGAGGUUGCUGGCUCCGCGGUGUCUCAGGUAUAUGUCGGAUACCCCCCUGAAGGAAUUCCAACCACGCCGGAGCGCCAGCUGAGAGCAUUCUGCAAGGCCAGCGACCUGUUACCGGGAGCUACACGAACGAUUGACGUCGAGUUGGAUCGGAAUGCGUUUGCCUUCUGGGAUGUUGGUACCAACACGUGGAGAGUUGCUCCCGGAAAAUAUUUGGUCGAGAUUGGGUCGUCGGCAGACAAUAUUCACCUCAGAGGAGAGGUAGAGCUGGUGAAAGGGUUGAGCUGGAUCGGACUGUAG